GGAUGUAGGGAGGAAUCUCCUUUGCUUGUCCCAUACAGCAGUCAGAAACCUAGGAGUUGUCAAUCGCCGUUUAGCCCCUCCCCAUGCAGCUCUUGCCCAGCUCCCUUGUGUUUAACUAAGUCCGGACAAUGCGCCGAGCCCCCCACUUAAUUCAAUUAAUUAGGGAUCCUUGUCAAUCCGGGAUUAAUGGCCAAUAGCAACCUGGUCAGGAGGGAUCGGCAACCUGGCGGGUUGUUGCUGCUGCUACCACUGUCACUGAGCUUUGCUCUGGUCGAGCUGGAGAGCAAGGAGAAGAGGGGCUCAUCCGCCGGAGUCCUAAGGGGAGGUAAUUUGCUCUGAACAAGGGGCAGGCAUUGCAAAGUAUAAAUAGUGUGACUUCAAUUGUACUUCACUAUCAGAUCGGAACUCCAAGCGAGAAUUGCUCCAGAUCGGUGUGGCUGAAGACGAGAUCACUUUGACAGGCAACCUUCACUUUAUGUCUGACUGCAUACAUACGCGCAAACGCCCAGUUGCUGUUUUAGUGGUGGCUUGGUACGGCAAGAACAGUUUGAAAGCAGUGAUGGAAGAACUUACGGCUUUUGUUUCCAAGUCUUUUGAUCCGAAAGUGAAGGAAAAGAAGGAUGGGAUCACAUACAGGGAGGUUCUGGAGAGUGGCCCCACACGGGGAAGGGAGCUGGGCACCGGAGAACCGAGUCGGGACGAGUUGGGAGCAACAGCCCGUGUAGGAGCCCGAUCUCCAGGCAGGGAAAGUGAGGCAGGAGCGGAAAGAACAAGGGACAGUGGCACUCCGAAACUGACCGACGUAACUAUGGAUUUAAAAGAACGAAAGGAUGAUUGCAAGGUGACAGAUGACGAUGGUCAGACUAAAAUAAAACAGAGGAGAAGUCGAACGAACUUUACUUUGGAGCAACUGAAUGAACUAGAAAGACUGUUUGACGAGACCCACUACCCAGAUGCGUUUAUGAGGGAAGAAUUGAGUCAGAGACUUGGGCUUUCGGAGGCCAGGGUUCAGGUCUGGUUUCAGAACAGGAGAGCAAAAUGUAGGAAACAAGAAAAUCAGCUUCAUAAAGGUGUUCUCAUUGGAGCAGGAAGUCAGUUUGAAGCGUGUCGAGUUGCUCCUUAUGUAAACGUUGGUGCUUUGAGGAUGCCCUUUCAACAGGAUAGUUAUUGCAACGUGCCGCCCUUGUCCUUUCAGGUUCAGGCACAGCUGCAGUUGGACAGUGCCGUGGCACAUGCGCACCACCACUUGCACCCUCACCUGGCAGCCCAUGCACCCUACAUGAUGUUCCCGGCGCCCCCGUUUGGACUGCCGCUUGCUACUCUGGCAGCCGAAUCGGCUUCAGCUGCAUCAGUAGUCGCCGCUGCCGCAGCAGCCAAAACCAGCAGCAAGAACUCUAGCAUUGCAGACUUGAGACUUAAAGCCAAAAAACACGCAGCAGCACUGGGACUGUGACAAAGCAAACCCAAUUACAGAAUGAAAACAGGCUGCAUUCCUUGGACACAGUUAUGAACUUUAACACAAAGAAUAGAAAUGAGGGUAAACUGUAAAAGCGCUUUUUAACAACAUAUUUAAAAACACUACCGUGGAUGAAGAAAUACCACAUUCAGUAUUCCUAUUGAAAACUUAAACCGUAAGUAAUACAAUACAAAUUUCAACAGCUUCGAAAGACUAAUAAAUAAAGAGAAGAUGUUUAUUUAAGGACAGUGCAAGAGUAACUUUGGAAACUGUGACAUUUGUGUUGAAACUGAAACCUUACUUCUGUGAAGUUCACUUUAAUACAGUAUAACUGGUGGUAAGAGAGCUGGCCUCCUUUUAAGAUGACACUUGAAAUCUAGUUCCCCCUACUGUGGAGUAACUACAAGAAUGUGACUAGUUCGGAGCCAAUUCCCAAAGGGAGAACUGCUCAACCUAACAGCCGAACAAUGGCUUGCAUGUACUUGUGUUUUCAUGUCUCAUCAGUCACUUUGCACUUCGUGUUCAUCAUUAGUGAAAACAGAAACUGUUGCUAAAAGAAUAUUUUCAAUGAUUUUUUUAACAAGAUUGAAAUAGAGCUUUUUUUCACUUAAGAACUGUGCUGUUUACUGCCCAUUGGUGAUUGGGAGUACUGGUCUUUUUUUCUAUUUGUUCUACAAGGACGUCCAUCUUGUUCCGGACACCUAUGAAAAUGUUUUCCAAUAUACAAAUAGGUACGGAAUGUAUGUAAAAUAUGUUGCUACACAUGAACAAAGUUUAUUUUGGUUAAA